CAUAUCCAUAUUAUCUAUUCUACAUUUAUUUAAAGUAUUAUAUUAAAUUUUUGUAGCCCAGCUACAUUGUUAUUAUAAAUUAUUUGUUUGACACAGUACACUACAACUUCCUUAUAUAGUUUAUUAAUUAUACCAGUGGUUUUAUUGACAAACAUGGUUCGACAACUUCGCUUUUUUCCUCUGUUUGCGCUGGCACUCCUAGAUAUUGUUAACGCGCAUAAUUCCUUAACCAAGCCCUGUGCUCGAUUUUCUGAAUUUUGCGGCAAAACAAGCAACCUGCCCAAUGGAAUGAGUGAAUAUGACUAUGACAUUAACCAGCCCAUUGGCUCAGCCACUACGGGCGUAUACCUUGAAUUCUGCAAGACCUCAAAGGAGUGGGUUAAUACUGUUGACACAUUAACUGCGGGGAGCUCUUAUCAAGUCGAAUUUGCGCCGGAUGGAAUCAGUCACAGCGGUGGGCACUGUGAGUUUUCAGUUUCAUACGACAGCGGCAAGACCUUUGUUGUUAUCCAUCAAGAACUCCGCUAUUGCCUUGUAGGCAAAAAGCCAAGCAACACUAUUGAGGAAGUGUUGGUGAGUUCCUAUACAUUUGAUAUCCCCAGUGACUUGCCGUCAAGUGAUCGUGCUAUAUUUGCAUGGACGUGGGUCAACGCAUCGGGUAACCGUGAGUUUUACAUGAACUGCGCAGAUGUAGAAAUUACGGGCAGCUCGUCAACUUCGUAUACUGGCAAGGAAAUUACUAUUGCCAACUACAAGGGAUACCCAACAAUUCCCGAGUUUAAUGAUGAUUAUGAAAAUGGUAUAGAACUUUACACCAGCGCUAAGCAAAUAACAGUCACCAGCAGUGGCAAGGCGGUAGCAAAGUCCAAUCCCAACACUUUAAGCAGCACCGUUGCUAAAGAUAAAAGCAGCGCUUCAGUUGAAAAGAAUAGCUCCUCUAGCACUGAAGACAAUGAUGACAUGUCUAACUCUUCUAAAUUAAACAAGAAUAUCGGAAUUUCCGUUAACAAGAGUAGUUCCUCAAGCUCUGAAGAAGAUAAUGACAAGUGCGAAGGUGAGAUGGUUGGCUCUUCCAACUCAAAUGAGAAUAUUGGGACUGCCGCUGAGAAUGAUACUAUUUCUUCUUCAGAGAAAGAAGAUGAUGACAAGUGCGAAGGUGAGAUGGUUGGCUCUUCCAACUCAAAUGAGAAUAUUGGGACUGCCGCUGAGAAUGAUACUAUUUCUUUUUCAGAGGAAGAAGAUGAUGACAAGUGCGAAGGUGAAAUGUUUAGCUCCUCCAACCCAGAUAAUAGUAGCAGCACUAACAUUGAAAAUAAUGAUACCAUUUCCAGCACUGAAGAGAAUAAUAGUAAGUCUGAGGAUGGGGAGAUCAGCGCAAACAAACCAAAUAGUAAUGGUUUAGCUCAAUCAGCCACUGCUUCUAAAACCAGUAGCAAAAGUACUGUUUCUAUUUCAGCUACCAAUGGUGCAAGCGAUAUUGCUGACCUUGCAGCCAAUAUUUUGAUUAAAAUUGAAGCUUUACAAUCCGGAGUGAUUCUGACAGGUGGCCCAGUUUACAAUCUUAAUAAUAAUUCAAAUGAAAUCAUGUCUGCCAUUAUCAUUGAAAAUAGUAAUGCAUCGUCAGCUUUUGUCUUGAAAGAAAAAUUAAGUGCAGGUGGCUCUUUAUCAUCAAAUUCAAAGACAGAUAGCUUGGAUGAGCUUGCUGCUAGCAUUGUGUUUGCCAUACAAAUACCAAAUGUUGCGGAAGCUUCAAAGGUUGAUACAAAUUGCGAGUCUUUACAUAUUUCAAUGGAAGAUUGUACAAGCUCAGUUAAUUAAUGAGAUAUCGAGUAAACUAUGGUUAAAAGUUGUGUUAAACAGUAUACAAAGUCGAUUGCGUGUUUUCAACUUUGAAUAAAGAUGAUUUGGGUAUUUCCAAUUGAACUGAUACCAGUAAGCACUUUAGCGUCUAAUAUCCUGUAUGCCUGUUCAAUUAACCUAACAACAAGUAUGUUGUCUAAGGAUGGUCAAUACUGCUUGAGCAAGUCACAAAUGGAAAUUGGUUCUUUAAACAAUUUAAAUUAUUUUCAUAUUUCAUUAUUCUCAACAUUGACAACCUUGCCUGCUUUUUAAACAGACACCAUAAAAAGUAUAAAAAGGUUGAGCAUACUGUGAGCAGCUAUUUCUUAC